AGAAUACAGAUAUUUAUUGGUUUCUUUAAUUCUAAAUUCAAUUUUCCGCUUCUAAAUAAAUAAAGGCCGGCCUCUCUCUCUCUCUCACCUACACACACACACAGAGGUAUGCAGACAGACAAAAUGGGCUUUUUAAGAAAGAGAUUCAUUUUUGCAAUCUAAUCUGGCAGAUGGUUACGCUGGGAGUUUUUGUCUAGGGCAUGAAAAUCUUCAAGGGGAUUUGUUUUGAAUGCUUCAUCCACAACUUCAACAUUGACUAUAGGAGAGGUGAAAGAUGGACAGGACAAGGCUGGAUUUAAGAUUUCUUCCCUCUGGAUCGACACCAUCAGAGGAGUCGGCAUUGGAUCUGGAAAGAAAUUACUGUAAUCAUCCCAAUUUGCCUUCAUCAAGUCCACCACCACUACAAGGCUUAACAUCAGGUGGUCAGCACUCCGAGAGCAAUGCUCCCUACUUCUCAUGGCCUACUUCCAGCCGGUUAAAUAAUGCAGCAGAAGAUAGGGCAAAUCACUUUGGGAACCUUCAGAAGGGUGUUCUGCCUGAAACUCUUGGGCGAUUGCCAUCGGGACGGCAAGCCUCCUCCUUGCUUGAACUGAUGACUAUUAGGGCAUGUCAUAGCAAAAAUCUGCGCCGCUUUAGCCUUGGCACGGCAAUUGGGUUUCGGAUUCGGCGUGGAGUAUUGACUGAUAUACCAGCUAUUCUUGUCUUUGUCGCCAGAAAAGUUCACAAGCAGUGGCUCAGCCAUAUCCAAUGUCUACCAUCUGCUCUUGAGGGAUCUGGGGGUGUAUGGUGUGAUGUUGAUGUUGUAGAGUUCUCCUAUUUUGGUGCACCUGCAGCAACUCCAAAGGAACAAUUGUAUACAGAGCUUGUAGAUGGCUUGCGGGGAAGUGAUCCAUUCAUUGGUUCUGGGUCCCAGCUGGAGGUGAUGACAGAGCUUGUUAGGGUUACAGUAUCCUUCUGCAAGUUGAUGACGAUAUCCAAGUCCGAUCGGGUCAUAUCUUGGGUCGUUCCCUUCUUCUCUGAGGUGUCAAAAGAUGUUGGUUUUGAUAAAUUUCCACUUUUGUUACCUCUUCCAGUUUUGUCUAACUCGAAUUUCUUAGAGGCUAAGAAACCUCUUAUUACACUGGUGUACUCAAGUCGCAUGAAAACAACUAUCCCAACAUCUCCACCACCCUCUUUGUCAUCUGACGGUCCUGACUCUACUUCAUCUGGUUCCCACAACGUACCAUCUUCAGAUACUAAUCUUCCUGUUGGAAUUCGAAAGGUUGCAAGCCAAGAGACAUAUGGAACACUAGGUGCUAUUGUCAAAAGCCGAACAGGAAACAUGCAGGUUGGUUUCCUUACAAAUCGGCAUGUAGCGGUUGACUUGGAUUACCCAAACCAGAAAAUGUUCCAUCCUUUGCCUCCAAGCCUUGGACCUGGAGUGUAUCUGGGUGCAGUAGAGAGGGCAACAUCAUUCAUCACUGAUGAUCUUUGGUAUGGCACCUUUGCUGGGACAAACGCGGGUAAUGUAAUUCUAGAUUACUGGUUAUCAGCAAUGUUUCAUCUGCAUCUUUGA